AUGCUCCUCGUUCCAGUUUGCUGAAUUGAAAAGAAAGAAAUUUCUUGUAACCCGAAUAAACCAACAGAUAACAAGAUAAAAGUUCUUUGCUUUUCUAGCAGAUGACGAGAAUCAAAGAGCUCUUUGCUUUUCUUGUCGUCGAUGAGGUUUAGCAUUUUGGGUGGUAAAACUUUCAUGAAGCUGGCAUCACUUUAAGUUCAAGUGACAAAAAUUAAUGCCGAGCUUCGGCGGCAUAGGAAAUUCCGUUCAGACUUCGGGCAACGGUAUCAACAACGAUGGAGCCAAUAACUUUGGAACUGGUUCUGGAAGCCCAAACUAUGUCAAAGGUUCUGGAUCUAACCACGUCACUGGUGCAGAGGAGAAGAGAUCCCGGGGAAAGAGAGGGUAUGGCCUCUGGAAAAAAUAAGACCUCGCCUUACACUUUAUUUAGAUCGAGGAAAGUUAAAGGGGAAAGAGAGGAGAGAGAGGAGAAGAAAAAACCUUCUUCUAUCUGCAUAAAAAAUUUUAAUAGAGGGGAAGAGAUGGAGGAAAACAAAAUUUCCUCGUUUUAUUUGUUUUCAAUCCCUUUCAUUUGGAAAGAUUUGAAUAGAUUAUGUUAUUUAAU